AUGGCCAAGAAAAGAAACCAGGUAAAGAAAAGUAGAACAAGGUCUGGUUGUUUGACUUGUCGUGAUCGGCAUAUGAAAUGUGAUGAACAACAGCCGGUGUGUAACAAUUGUAUUAAGUCUAAACGAAAAUGUUUUCGGGGUAUUAGGUUGAACUUCACCCAAUAUACCAUAUACGAGCCUCCAAAUAACCCGUACCAGAACAAUCUUAGUUAUAGAAUAUUGGACCAAUCAGUAACAAUUGCAUCACUCUAUGAAAAUGGUAAGAAACAAUAUGAAUCAUAUGUACCAUUUCAUUCGUGGGAAGAUUUGAGGGAGUCAGAUAUACAGUUUCAGAAGGAUAUGUAUUGCUCAUUGCCAUCAACAAAUCCUCCAACGGAUUCAAAUGUUCAGGAGGUAAAUGAUGACCUGUGGAUACACCAAUACCAACCAACCCCAAAGCAAUCAUCUCCUGAGACAUUGCGGUUUGAUAACAAUUCUAUUUCUGAAAAUAGUGACAUAACCAACUUAUUGAUGAAUGAACCGACUUCUUUAUCAGACGAGAUAGAACAGUACCAAUCAAUCAUUCAUCAACCACGACAACCCCAGCUUCAACAAGAUUUACCACAUAAUAUCGAGCCUCGAGAUCUGCAAAAUUCUGCAUCAGAUAGCGAUAUUUCUUACAAUGUUGGGGCCAAAGAUUUUAUCAACCUUGUGCAACAUCAGAAAUAUUAUUGGUUUUUGGAUUUAUUCAACGAGUUAAGCAUUUGGAAGCUGAUUAUACCAAAUUACUGCUUGAAACUAACAGAAAUUGAGCAUGGUGCAGACGAGAGCAAUACGUUAUUAAUUAAUUGUUUACUCAAUUGUUCACUAGAUAAUUCUUUUGACUUAAAAGCAACUCUAGCUCAACAACUAAAGCAUUGGCUAGUUUUAAAGGCAAUACUGUUGACACCCGAAAACUUCCAUAAACUCGAAAGAUUAUUAAUAUCAAUAGCGUUAAUAUUGUUGAACUUGUUAACCAAAUUACAGCAUGGGAUAUGGCAGUUUGAUGAUAAAUGUAAAUUAAUAUUUAACAACCAGAUCAAAAUAUUCAACCAGUCCACCGAGAAGCUUCAGGACUUGAAUGAUGCAAAACUUAGAAAAACAAAAUCAGUAGUCUUAGUAAGUGCUAUUCAUUCAAUUUCUAUCUUGAAGUUUUUUAUAAACAAACAAUUCAAACAGAACAGGAGUCAAUUUGACGUAACCGAUAAAAUCUCCUAUGACCAUACCAAACUAACAUCAGAAUUUACCACUUUGAAUCAUUUUGAAAUCUUGAAUAUCAAUUCAUUUUACAGAAAGUUUGAGUAUCCCCAAAUAAGCUAUAAUUUGCAAGUUCAACCAAGUAGAUCUGCAGAUACGAAAUCAGAUUCAUUGAAAUUAAGACAGUUUAUCUGGUAUCUUAUUAAACUCGAUUUUAUAUUGAAGAACCCAACCAAUUCACUAAUUGAGAUGGAUUAUAAUUUCAUAUUUACAGAUGAAAAUACAUUAGGAAUCCCCCCAUUAAUGAAGCCUUCCGAACAACAACAAACAAUCUCGGAUACAAACAAUCAGGUGGAAGUACCACCUGCAUCAUCAGUCAAAGCAUCAAAGAAAAAACGAAGGGUCGAACCAAUCCAUUCGAUCAUUCUUCCAAACGACAAAGGCAUUGCCAUAAUGAUUUUGAGAGAAUACAUCAAUAAGUUGAUCAACUCUAACGACGACGCUGUCAAAGCCACUUCUAACGAAAGUAUCAAGUCAAUUUUAGAGUCUAUAAACAAGUCAAUGAUUGAACCGGAGAUCAAGCUUCUCUGGGAAAGAAACUUCAGAUGGACCUUGAAGGAUACUUAG